UCAUCUCCACCUUAAACGAUAGACGAGAGAGGAAAAACAUUGAUUAACCCGCGUCUUUGCUCUCACGCCGUUCUGCGCUGACCAGGACGCCGGCAUCGCGUCUCCGAAAGCUCCGCGUAGGCGCGCCGCGCUCGUCUAUCGAACGACCGCGCCGCGUGACGCUGGACGGCGGGUCCGGUCGUUGUCCCCCGCACCCUCACAGGCAGAGAGGUGUUGCCCCUGGAAGCUGGAUGAAUUAUCGGAGAGUUGUGAAUAAGUGCGAGAAGAAAACUGAGGCUCCGGAUCCGCCUCGUCGCUCCGUCGCGAGAAGAAAGGACAGUUGUGGACGACCAUGGAGGAGACGUCCCUAUGUGUGGCGAUUCUCAUUUUAAUCAUGCAAUGUUGCCCCUCCCUUCCUGUCACCGUAUCAACCAACAAACAAAAGGUGGAGGUGCACGAGUUCUCAGAUGCGGUGCUGUCCUGCAUGUUCCGAACAGAGCGGGACCAGAACCCACGAAUCGAGUGGAAGAAGAAGGGCAAAGAUGUUUCUUUUGUAUACUUUGACGGACACUUUCGAGGUCCAUUCGAGGGACGGGCGAGCAUCGAGGGUGCCACAGUGACGUUGCGCAGGGUGACCCAGGAGGAUGCCGGCGAGUACCGUUGUGAGAUCAGCGCUCCUUUUGAUUCUGUGAAUUUGGGCGAAACCAACAUCACACUCAAAGUCUUAGUGCCCCCCAACACCCCGUCCUGUGAAAUCCCGAGUUCAGCCGUGACGGGUUCUGCUGUGCAGCUGCGCUGUAGAGACCUCCAGAGCAUCCCGCCCGCUACAUAUGCCUGGUACAAGGACAAUCAGCUGAUGAUCGCCCCUCGCCAUGCCAAUGCCACCUAUCUUAUCAACACACACACUGGAGUGCUGGAGUUCAAAGCUGUGGCUAAAGAGGACAGUGGCCAGUACAGCUGCCGGGCUUCCAACGGGGUGGGAAAGCCCACCAAGUGUGAGGGCAGGCACAUGACGAUAGAGGAUGUCAACAUCACAGCGGUGGUGGUGGCAGUGGUUGUGGUCUGUCUGGCGUUGCUGGUCUGCGGAUGCGGGGGGUUCCUGAUGCACCGCAACGGCUUCUUCACCCCAGGACACAGAGGAAGGUCAUUUUGGAUCUCCGAGUGUCACGGUGCCGCUCACAUCAGCAGCCAAAACCUGAACAGAACUGAGGACACGUCCAAUGUGAACUAUAUCCCUCCGCCGCAAGAACCGCAGGAUUUCAAACACACGCAGUCAUUCAUGCUCUGAGAAGCUGGCCUUCCUCUUGACAAGACAUCAAUUACCCUGUUGAUAAGGUGCCAACAUUGAAUUCAUUCUCAGCCUUGCAGACUCCGAAUGGGCUUUUCAUCUUCCAAUUAUAUGCUCUUUUUUUAAUAACUAUUGUUUUGGUGCGGCGCUGAUGGGCCAAUUUGACAUUUGCAGGGCUUUACUCUUGCUUUGUUGUGUGCAUGGCCUGUUCGGUUUCGCCUAAUGUGGACUUCCAGUACGUACAUAUAAUGUACUUUGAUGUCGCUCUGCUACCCCCUGGUGGCCAAUAUUAGAACUGGACCUCCCCCAUCCUUCUCCUGAGAUUCGGUUUCUACCAAUCGGUUUAAUUGCCUAUGUUUUCGUUUACCAAAGACCGGCUUCCCUUGAGGAAUUCUGUUGCAACAGUCUUCUGAAGAUAAUGCUCCAUUGCAAUGUCAAUCUUUUGAAACAAACAAAAAUAUAUAUACCAUUUACCUCAGUAUUGCUCCGCACGCCAUUCUGUAACAUUAGGCCUCAUGUCCACCGUGUUAAUAGUUACAACACAUAAAAAAAAUAUAUACAGCCCAGGAAAAUAAGUCACUCCAGUCAUUUAUAAAGACCAAUCCCAUUCCAUCCUGAUGUGCCUGCAUGGUCUUUUAAUAUACAGUAUAUACAAUAUAUACCUUGUGCCUUUUUUAUUUGUCUUUAUCAAUGGAUACUUUUUUGUAAGAAAAAACUUGCCUUACUUUUCUGUCUUUAUAUUUUUUGUGCCACUGUUAAUCAAAAGCUGUGUCUGUUUUGGGACAGUGUGAAUGGAUUGUUGUUUUAUUUGAAUGUUGUCACAGUAAUUAAAAAAAGGUUUUCUAUUUAAA